UACGCCGGGCUGUCUGGUCUCGCUGCCAGUGCGCCACUGCGUGAGAUAAUAAAAGGGCCAGCACGCCUCCCCCCACCCCUACCGUCUGCUCUCAUCCUUCUUCUCCUUUUCCCUCCCCUUCGCCCAACCCCCCCUUCGCUGCUGCAGCCUCUGCCCAGCAUGUCUAUCAUUGCGAAGCCCGCGGCCAUCUCGGCCCCCACGGAGCAGCAACGCGAGUUCCACGCCGACAAAUCGGAGCUUCGCAGGAUGUCGGCCGACGCAACUGCCCACCCUGGCCUGCCCGAACGCCAAUGGGGCUUCGCUGCUCGCCUCGACCCAAGCGUGACCUUCGAGGAGUUCACCUACUGGGCCAAGGUCGAGCGCGAACUCGAGGACAUCGAAUACAAGCAGUACCGUGCGACCACGACGCAUCGAGGCUUCAUGGGCACCUUCAAGGGCUACUUCACCAGCAAUGCCUACGAGGAUACCAAGGCUCACGCCGACCCCUCUGCGCUUGCGAGCCACGACAAGGUCCUCGAGCACACCGACAUCACCGAGAAGGCGGGCACGGGCAGUGAUAGCGACGACGCUUUCGUUGCACCCAUCGGACCCCAGAGCGCAAACAGCGACCUGAACGCGGACUGGCGCAAGGCCUCUCGAGCUCUGCGAACGGCUGGCUGGGGUACUGUCUUCUACCUCAUCACCACCGACAUCCUCGGCUGGGGCCAGUGUGCCUAUGUCUUUGCCAACACUGGUUACGGCUACGGCUUCGGCAUCUUCGUUCUCAUGGGAAUCGCCGCCUUCCUCUCGGGUAUCUACAUCUGGCAAACCUUCCUGAAACUCGACUCGUCCCGCUACCCCAUGGUCACUUUCGGUGACGCCUUCUUCCGCCUCUUUGGCAAGCAGACGCGCAAUUUCAUCAACGUCCUGCAGUCGCUGCAAAUGUUUCUGAGCGUCGCCAUCGUUCUCAUCGGCCAGACGUUGAUCAUCGCCCAGCUAGGCGUGUCGUCAAACCUCUGCUAUGUCGUCGCGACGGUCAUUGCACUCGUCGUCUCCAUGGCCAGCGGAUACAUGCGCUCGCUGAAGCAUCUCGGCUGGUUCUGCAAUGCUGCUGUCUGGUUCAACGUGGUGUCGUUCAUUCUCUGCUGCAUCUCCGCUGGACUGUACUUCCCCAACGCCGUGGCCCAGGUCUACAACAGCAUUUUGCCCAAGGAAUGGGCCGUUCACCCAGUACCGGUCGCAACUUUCGUUGGCACGCCGCCCGCUCUUUACCAGCCCACGAGCACGAAUCUCUUCGCCGCCAAGUUCAACGGCAUCAACAGCAUGGUCUACGCCUACUCCGGCGCCAUCUUGUUCGUCGCCUUUUUGUCCGAGAUGCGACACCCUUGGGAUUUCUGGAAGGGCAUGCUGUGUGCACAAUUGUUCAUCAGCGUUUCCUACAUCUUCUUCGGCGGAUUCGUCUACUCCCAAUGGGGACAAUACGCCUUCAGCAACAUCAACCAAUCCGUCGCACCUCUCGGCCUCCAGAUUGUUGUCAAUGUGCUCAGUCUCCUCACCGGCUGGCUCGCUAUUUUCUUGUAUUUCAACGUCGGCAUGAAGACCGUCUAUAUCGAGGUCUUCCAGGAGAUCUUCAAACUCCCGGCUAUCACCACCCCCAAGGGCAGAAAACUCUGGUGGGGCCUUGGGCCGAUCUACUGGAUCCUCGCCUUCAUUGUUUGUCUGUCCAUCCCGGCGUUCAGCGCGUUCGUCAACUUCGUCGGUGGACUGCUCAGCUUGAACUUCACCUACUCCUUCUCCGGCAUUAUGUACGUUGCGUACUUGACCCAGGAUGGGGCUAGGUUGGAAGGCGAAGGGUUCGACCCGAUCACUGGUGUCACCACCCGUCACGACGGAGGUAUCAAGCGAUUGAUGCGUGGAUACUUCAAGAAUGCGAAGCUGACCAUCCCGGUUACCAUCUACUUCCUGGCUGGUCUCGCUGCCUCGGGCAUGGGCACUUGGGCUGCAACGCUGGGCUUGAUCGCAGCCCUUGGUCCCGGCGGCAUUGUCGCCACCUCGUGGAAUUGCACCAACCCCUUCUACGUGACCGCACAGGCCGUUGCGGCCGCUGGCGGUCACGGCAGCUGAUCGACGUCCCGUCUUCACCUGGCUGAUCCCCGCUGGUCUAUAGUAUGUAGCUUUUUUCCCUGCUUAGCUACAUGGGCAAGAACUCGUCCAGCAUUACCACUCACUUAUCGUAAUACUGUACCAAUCAAUCAACCUACCUGUUGGUUCAUCACCAUAUAUCCCUGUUCAAACGCGGUAUUGUAAUUUCGUGUAAAUCGUCGUUGGAGACAGCAUGUAAGUCUAUCGCCGAUGCUAAUAAAGUGUCAGUUUGGACCACGGCA